AUGGCUUCCGGCCAAGCAAAUGGCCGAUCUCGAAACAAAUCAGAAAGUGGUAAAGAACAGAAAUGUCUUCCGUUAAAGGAUAAAUGGCUUUUGGUUCCUGCUUUCCUGAAGGUUCGAGGUCUUGUAAAGCAGCAUUUGGUCAGUUUCGAUCACUUUGUCAAUGUGGAAAUUCGAAAUAUCAUGCUGUCAAACCAAAAGAUCACUUCGGAUGCGAAUCCAAAUUUCCAUCUGACAUAUCUGGAUAUCCGAGUAGGGAAGCCAAGCAAAUGCCGUCUUCGCGAUAUGACCUAUUCUGCUCCCAUCUCAGUUGACAUUGAAUAUACUCGUGGACAUCAACGAGUGUACAAGAAGGAUCUCGUCAUUGGUCGAAUGCCAAUCAUGCUUCGAUCGAGCAAAUGUAUUUUGCGAGAUCUCGCAGAAGAAGAGCUAGCACGAGUUCAAGAAUGUCCACAUGAUCCAGGAGGUUAUUUCGUCGUAAAAGGAAGUGAGAAAGUGAUCCUGAUCCAAGAACAAUUGUCGAAGAAUCGUAUCAUGGUUGGAAGGAACUCGAGUAAGGAAUUGCAGUGUGAAGUGUUGUCAUCCACUUCCGAAAGGAAAAGUAAAACAUAUGUUACUGUGAAGAAAGGAAAAUACUCUGUUCGUCACAAUCAACUCACCGAUGAUGUCCCAGUUUCGAUUAUUUUCAAGGCCAUGGGCGUCGAGUCUGAUUUCGACAUUGUCAGCACGAUUGGACACGAAGAGAAGUACGUUUCUGCGUUCGCUCAAACUCUCGAAGAAUGCAUCAACGCAGGAGUGUACACUCAACAACAAGCUCUGGCUUAUGUCACAUCCAAAGUUAAGGCACGCAAAUUCACACCAUUCGGAUCACUACCAGGAACUUCUGUAAGCGUUUUGACUGCGCCGAAGGAACACGAAGCUGUUGAUUUCCUGUCCAACUCGAUGAUCACGCAUAUCGCUUGUCCAGAUGGAAAUUUCAAAAUGAAGGCGAUUUAUUUGGGUCAGAUGACAAGGCGAUUGAUUCAGACCGAAAUGGGAGAGAAUGAACUUGAUGAUAGGGAUUUCUAUGGAAACAAACGUCUUGAAUUGGCAGGAUCUCUGUUGGCACUUCUCUUUGAAGACGUCUUCAAACGAUUCAAUUCUGAAUUGAAGAGAAUAGCGGACAAUGCGCUCAUGAAGACAAUGGCUGCGCCGUUGGAUAUAGUAAAGCAUAUGCGUCAAGAUAUGAUCACUAAUACCAUAGUCAAUGCAAUGUCGACAGGAAAUUGGAUCAUCAAAAGAUUCCGUAUGGAACGUCUUGGUGUCACACAGGUUCUUAGUCGUCUAUCUUAUAUCUCGGCGCUUGGAAUGAUGACCAGAAUCAAUUCUACAUUCGAAAAGACUCGCAAAGUUUCCGGCCCUCGUUCCCUACAACCAUCCCAGUGGGGAAUGUUGUGUCCCAGUGACACUCCUGAAGGAGAAGCUUGCGGUCUCGUCAAAAAUCUUGCCCUUAUCAGUCACAUCACCACCGAUUCGGAUGAGAAGCCAGUGCUUCGGCUGUUGUUGAACUCGGGAGUUGAAGAUUUGCAUAAUGUUCAUUUCUCUCAUGUCAACAAACCAGAGAACACAUUGAUCUUCUUAAACGGAGUUCUCAUUGGAACAGCUGUCGAUCCGGAACGAGUUGUGAAAGCGGUCAGAGAUUUGAGAAGAAGUGGUCUACUCUCUGAGUUCGUUUCUGUUUCCCGUUCUAUGACCAAUCGUUCCGUGUUCAUCUCCUCUGAUGGUGGUCGCCUGUGCCGUCCUUAUAUAAUUGUCCGACAUGGAAAACCAAUGCUUACGGAGACACAUGUUCAAGAGUUGAAAGAGGGAAAACGGAUUUUCGAAGAUUUUGUAGAUGAUGGAAUCGUUGAAUAUCUGGAUGUAAAUGAGAUGAACGAUGCUCUAAUCGCUGUUUAUGAAAACGAAAUCGGAGCCGAGACGACACAUUUGGAAAUUGAACCAUUCACACUUUUGGGAGUUUGCGCAGGUCUAAUUCCAUAUCCUCACCAUAACCAGUCUCCUCGUAACACGUAUCAAUGUGCUAUGGGUAAGCAAGCGAUGGGAACUAUUGCGUACAAUCAACAGAAGAGAAUCGACUCCAUCAUGUACUUGUUAUGCUAUCCACAGAGACCACUUGUCAAGUCGAAGACAAUUGAGUUGACCAACUUCGAGAAACUUCCUGCUGGUGCGAACGGGAUUAUUGCUGUCAUGUCAUACAGUGGAUACGAUAUUGAAGACGCUCUGGUUCUUAACAAAGCUUCUUUGGAUCGUGGAUAUGGUCGUUGUCUGGUGUAUAAACAUGUAAAAGGAACUGCCAAGAAGUACCCGAAUCAGACUUACGAUCGUCUUCUGGGCCCCGCUGUUGAUUCAGUAACCUUGAAACCGAUUUUCAAGCAUAAAAACUUGGAUCAAGAAGGUAUCGUUUUCACUGGAGCACGUAUUCUUCCGAAGCAAACGAUCAUCAACAAAUAUAUGCCAGUAGUCAGCGCAGAGAGUGGAUCUGCUGCUUCUGCUAAUACUAUUGGAAUUGCUGGACGCGAUGUGGCUUACAAAGACGUUUCUAUCACCUACAAGACUCCAACUCCGUCGUAUGCUGAGCGCGUUUUGCUCACUUACAAUGAAGACGAAGCUCAUCUUUUCAAAGUGCUGCUGAGACAGACUCGAAGACCGGAGCUUGGAGACAAGUUCUCAUCUAGACAUGGCCAGAAAGGAGUUUGUGGACUGAUUGCUCAACAAGAAGAUAUGCCGUUCAAUGACCUUGGAAUGGUUCCUGAUAUGAUUAUGAAUCCUCAUGGAUAUCCUUCUCGAAUGACAGUGGGUAAACUGAUGGAGUUGCUGUCUGGAAAAGCAGGAGUGAUGAAUGGAACCUAUCACUAUGGAACCGCGUUCGGAGGAGAUCAAGUAAAGGAUGUAUGCGAAGAGCUGGCCGCUAGAGGAUACAAUUAUAUGGGAAAGGAUAUGUUGACUAGUGGAAUCACAGGUCAACCACUCUCUGCGUAUAUUUAUUUCGGACCCAUCUACUACCAAAAGUUGAAGCAUAUGGUGUUGGAUAAAAUGCACGCUCGUGCUAGAGGUCCUAGAGCCGCUCUCACUCGUCAACCAACUGAAGGAAGAUCCAGAGAAGGAGGUCUGCGUCUUGGAGAAAUGGAAAGAGAUUGCCUCAUUGCCUACGGAGCAUCGAUGCUGCUGAUCGAACGACUUAUGGUGUCGUCCGAUGAGUUCAAGGUACUAUUCCGAUCUUUCGUCCCUCUUAUCCCCAUUGAGGUUUUUUUUGUUCGUCGCUGUUUCCAAUGUGUUGAUGUCUGUACUGGUUGUGGAGUGAUUGGAUCCAAAGGAUGGUGUCAAAAGUGUCGUUCCAGCAAGUCCAUGGCCAAUAUCAAGAUUCCAUAUGCCUGCAAACUACUCUUCCAGGAGCUCCAAUCUAUGAAUAUCGUACCACGUCUCGAUUUGGCCAGAUACACCGAGUAG